AGUGUCAACGGAACCAUCAACUUUGUAAAAGUCAAUAGAAUUUUAAAGUGUUGAAAACUAAAACAUUUUGACUGUCAAUAGACCCAAGUUUAAAUAUCUAAGUGAAUAACAUUUCAUUGUUUAUUCGCAAAAUACAAAGUACAACAAAAGAAUCGAAAAAUACCAUCACUAGUGAACACAACUAAUCAACAACAUUUGAAAGUUUUCAAACAACAUCCCGAGUGAGACUUAUAAGGCAGAACUUUAAAAGUUCUUUUUCCGAAGAUUUCGAAUACAAUGUCGAGUGAGUUCGGGGACAUCAGGGAUGAAGACAUUCUCCGUCAAAUGUGGCAGGAGACAGACGACUUCGGCCGAAAGAAGGAGAUUCGCACUCAUAUGUACAAACUUCGUGAGGCGCGAUUAAGAGAAUUUUAUAUUAAAGAAAUGGAAUCUAAAUCACCAAUAACUAGUCGUCAUGAAGACGCCAUGGCUGAUCACAGCUUCGAAGGCUUCAAAAGCAACGAGAUUCGUGGAGUUGACAAUCCACUGAGUGACAUCAAGUUUGGACCGAUAUCUGGCAACACAGGCGGAUGGAAUGUAAUUAGCUCAUCUGAGACGUCUGACGGUGGAAAAGCUCGUACAGAAAAAAUGUUGGCUACAACCGAGGGCGUCACUGCCAUAGAUGGAGGCAAGAAAGCAUUUUCGGGUAAAAACGAAGAACUUAAAACGGAACGAUACGAUGGUGACGCAAAUAAUUUCACAUAUUCUACUGGCGAAUCGUCGAACAUGUCUCUAAGUGAAAAUAUUGUGAUGGGUGAUGAGAACAAUAAGAGAAUUGAAAACAAGUCAUCAACGGUUUCUCAUUCAAGUAAAGUCGUGCGAUCAUCAGCAAAUUCUGGCGAUGUUAUGAUUCAAGACGAUUUUCAAAAGCCAGUUCGUGAACAUGAUUUGCGAAGUUCAUCAGUAAAUUCUGAACAUUCGUCUACGACAAAAAGUCACGUAGAACAGAAAAAUGCUACAAGUACGUCAGAUAAUGUGAAACUGUCUCAAGAUUCAUCGACAGUUAAAGAAGCUUUUCGUCUUUCGAACGAACCGGGGAGAAUAAUCUCACGACAUGUUGAACGUGCUAAUCCAUCAACAAACAUGGUCAUUGAAAAGAAGGAACUUGCUGAUGGAACAAUUGUCACAACGAAACGAUAUGAAACGGUCAACUCUGAUCGUAUUAAUCAUGUUGAUCUUCAGCCUGCAAGCCGCGAUAGUCGAUCAUCAUCCGUUAGCAGCACUCACAAGAGUGACACUAAAACUCAUCAAGAUUCGAUUAACAAAACAUCACAAAAUGUUGAAACAACUUUUAAGACAUCACGUGACGAAGAAGCUUUCAGAUUAUCGCAACAGCCAGGCAAAAUUCUGUCUCGUGAUGUUGAACUGAAAGAUCCAACUACGAAAAUGAUAACUGAAAAGAAGGAGCUUCAUGAUGGAACGAUUGUCACCACGAAACGGUAUGAAAAAAUUGAUUCGUCGUCAACGAAUGUUCACGAUAAUCAAUCAACAAAAAACUUUAAAAGUGACAUAAAAUCGACAACAGAAGAGAAUCGAAAAACAUCAACAAAUGAAACUUUUAAAACAUCGCGUGAUGAAGAAGCUUUUCGUCUUGCGCAACAGCCUGGAAAAAUAAUCUUUCGUGAUGUUCAAAUGGCUAAUCCAACAACAAGAAUGAUAACUGAGAAGAAGGAGUUGACUGAUGGAACAGUCGUGACAACUAAAAGAUAUGAAUCAGUUGACAGUGACUCUCAGUCGACUAAAAGCUUCACGAAAGAACAAAAAUCUGACAACUUUUCAAAAAACUUGAGAAGUGAUUCUUCAACAACAUCGAAGACGGAAGAAGUAAGAAAAACAACACAAAAUGUUGAUCAAAAAACUGCAGAAAAUGUUAAUCAAACUUCACAAAAAUUUGAUCAGCAAACAUUUAAAACAGCUCGUGAUGAAGAAGCUUUUCGCCUUGCGCAACAACCUGGAAAAAUUAUUUCUCGUGAAGUUGAAAUGGCUAAUCCAACAACGAAAAGGAUAACUGAAAAGAAGGAGUUAACUGAUGGAACGAUCGUCACUACGAAACGCUACGAAACUAUUGACAGUGACACUCAAUCAGUUAAAAGCUUCAAAGAAGAAAAUAAUUCCGAUGACUUCUCAAAAAACUUGAGAAAUGAAUCGAUAACAACACGAAACGUUAAAGAAACUUUCAAGACAGCUCGUGAUGAAGAAGCUUUUCGUCUUGCUCAACAGCCUGGAAAAAUAAUUUCUCGUGAAGUUGAGAUUACAAAUCCAACAACGAAGCGAAUAACCGAGAAGAAGGAAUUAACUGAUGGAACUAUUGUUACAACAAAGCGUUAUGAAACUAUUGAUAGCGACACUCAAUCAGUUAAAAGCUUCAAGGAAGAAAAUACUUCCGAUAAUUUCACUAAAAAUUUGAGAAAUGAUUCAACAACAACACGAAACGUUAAAGAAACUUCCAAGGCACCACGAGAUGAUGCACCUGCUCGACUUUCUGAUCAGCCUGCUAAAGUUAUUUCACGAAAUGUUGAGAUGACGAAUCCAACAACAAGAACGACAACUGAAAAGAAAGAACUUCAUGAUGGCACAAUUGUCACAACUAAACGCAUCGAAACUAUUGAUAGCGACACUCAAUCUGUUAAAAGCUUCAGAGAAGAAAAUACUUUUGAUAAUUUUGCAAAGAAUUUGAGAAAAGAUUCAACAACAAAGAAAGAAGACAUCAGGAAAGUUGACAAAACUUAUGACAAUUUGAAAUCGUCUAAUCAAACUUUCAAAACACCACGAGAUGAAGAAGCUUUCCGUCUUGCCCAACAACCAGGCAAAGUUCUUUCUCGAGAUGUUGAAAUGACAAAUACAACAACAAGAAUGAUUACUGAGAAGAAAGAAUUAACUGAUGGAACGAUUGUCACCACAAAGCGGUUCGAAAAUGUUAACGAACCUAAUGAACCUGCUGCAAAGAACGUUCCUCGUGAUAAUGUUGAGCCUCGAAAUGUCAGAAAAACUUUUACUGAUUCAAAUGCUUUCGACACAGAUGACAAGAAUACAGAACGUGAAAUAGUUGAAGAAACAGUCACAAGAAAAGUCUUUGAUACAUCUUGCAAGUGCCCUGAAGAUCACAAGCCUAAUAAUCGUGAAUUUAUUAAUAAAGAAAGAAAUGAUGAUCAUUACGAUAUGACAUCAGAAAUCAUAAGCAACGUUGACAAUCGUCGCCAAACUAAGAAGCAGAAUUUAACUGAAGUUGAAAAGAACCGUGAAGAAUUAAUGACACGAGAAGAAGCUCGAAGAGUCGAACAAAGAAGAAUUGAAGAACAAAUUAAACGGCAAGAACAAAAACGAAUCACAAAAGAUUUGGAAGUUGAUUCAGCUCAUCGUGCUUUUGCAAGUUCUUUGCGUUGUGUUACGCCACCAAAUGAAAGAGUUGCUACUCCAAAUGUUCCAAGAAUGGAUUACAGAACAACUCGAAGUCCAUCUCAUGAAACAACGACGAGUAAAAUCAGCACUUCAACUGUAACAUUGAGAAAGUCUUCCAUUGAUCGACCAUCUCCAAGACCACUGUCAUCUGAACAGCCUUCAAAACCUAAUAAAAAGACAACGCCAGAAUCUCGUAAACCAACUACACAAACUGUUGAAACUAUCGAGAUUGACACAAGAAAUAAGAAACGCCCAGUUAGUCCACAAAAGGUUGUUCAACCACGUACAACAUCGCCGAAUAAAUUGCCACAAAAAUCUCAACCGAAAAAGCUUUUCACUGAUGAUUCGCCAAAAAUAUUGCGUGAAACUUCACCACAAAAGCAGCAAAAGCCUAAGGGAAGUGUCACUCGCGAUGUUCCAUCGAAGUCACGUCCAAGUUCAAAUGAAUCUUCACCAAGGGCAACAUCGCCACAGAAAUCGUCUCCAAAUUCUGGUUCUGCAUCUCCACGUGGAGUUUCACCACAAAAGUAUCCAACAUCAUCAAGAGAUUCUUCUCCUUCUAAACCAUAUGUUGAAACCACAAGAACCACAAAACCUAAAGAUUCUGAUGAUGAAUUGAUGACGACCACAAUCACAAUUGACAACAAAGAUACGAAAUUCAGAGAUGAUUUGAGAAUCACUCAAACAGUUGAUUCUAAAAACAUUUCAGCCACGACGAGUGUGAGUGACUUAGAAUUUAUCUCUGCAAAUGAUCGUCGUUUAUUAACUGAUUUGGAUUCAGAAGAUAAUCUUCAGAUUAAGAUUGAUGUUGCAAACUUGAAAGAUGAUGAUUUAAAGAUCAAAACGACAAUUCGUGAAGUUGAUAGAAAAUCUCCAUCAAAACCGGAUGACAAUGACAAGAAGAUUUUCCAACGACGUGAAACGUUUGAAGAACGUGCCAGUAAGUUGAUUGGUGUCACUCCUGAGUCACCUUCUAGAGAUGUUCCAAGUUAUUUGAAGCCAACUUUCUCAAGCCUACCAGCAACUGAUCGCAAUGUCACUGAAGUUGUUGGACGUAAAACGAAAGAUAAUCAAGAAAUUGAAAGAACUCAAAGAAAAUCUGUGACAACUGAGUCUGAAGAUUUUAUUACUCGAGAGAAGAAUGAAACACGAAGAACAACUCACACUUACUCGUCACCAGAUCAAAGCCCAACACGCAACUAUUCGAAGCCGACAACUCCAAAGGACGAAACACGAAGACCAACUCACACUUACUCGUCGCCAGAUCAAAGCCCAACACGGAGCUAUUCGAAGCCGACAACUCCAAAGGAUGAAACACGAAGACCAACUCACACUUACUCGUCGCCAGAUCAAAGCCCAACACGCAACUAUUCGAAACCAACAACUCCAAAGGACGAAACACGAAGAACAACUCACACUUACUCGUCGCCAGAUCAAAGCCCAACACGCAACUAUUCGAAACCAACAACUCCAAAGGACGAAACACGAAGACCAACUCACACUUACUCGUCGCCAGAUCAAAGCCCAACACGCAACUAUUCGAAACCAACAACUCCAAAGGACGAAACACGAAGACCAACUCACACUUACUCGUCGCCAGAUCAAAGCCCAACACGCAGCUAUUCGAAACCAACAAGUCAGAAGCCUUCCGAAACCAAGAAACCUUAUGAACGACCGAAUGAAAAAGGCGAUUUAACUAACGUUCCUGAUACUAAAACAACUAAACCAUCGACGACUCGAACUUCGAGUCCCGAUAAGAAGAAGCCGUCGUCCGUUGAUUCACCGACAAGAACGAGUCAAAGAUUUGUUAAUGAAACAAAAACAACUCGACGUGUUACGACAGAAGAUGAAGAUCGAAGUCCAGUCCGACCAGAAUCUCAAACUCCAGCUGGAAAACCGUCACGUGUUGUUACAAAUAAGACAACAAAAACUUUCAUUGAAACCACGAGAACUUCAAAAGCUUCUCCAACAAAUCGUUUAGUGAAAAGACCAACAGAUAUUUCAACAACUGAUCAAGAUUCUGAUGUUGAAACUGAAGAAAAUUUAAUCAAGAAUAUUGAUAAAUCGACUUCAAAAACAACACGCAAGAAGUUGAUUCAAGGUCGAAAAGAUUCAGCACCAGUCACGCGAACAACAACAAGAAGUGACAAAGAGAAAGUUUCGCGAUCAAACACUGACACUGUCAUUAGAACUGACACGACAACAAGCAGCAAGAAGACAAGCAACAUUCAAGCGAGAAAAGAUUCUGUUCGACCAUCGAAAGUUAUCACAACAAAAACGACUAAUGUCAACACCAUCAACUCCAACACAUUGGAUGAUGUUUUGAUUGAUAUCCAACAAGCGAAAUCAUCACGCGAAGCUUCUCCAAAUAAAAUGAUUCCAACUCCCGUUCAUCCUGAUGAAGAUAUUAAUGGAGAUCAAAUGAUUUAUCCUGAUAAAGUCACUGAACCAGACGACUUCAAAAGGCAAGCACCGAAAGUGAAAAACAUUCCAAUUUUCGAAGAGAAAACAAAGAAGUUUGUUGGAAUUGAGAUCACGGAAGUUGGCACAGAUCAAAGUCGAAUAAUUUUAGAAGAGGAAGAACAUGAAGAUCGUGAAGUGAUUAAUUCAUCAAUUUUGGAACGAGCAGAUCGGAAGAGAAACUCAAUUCAAAUUGAUCCAAUUGACGAUGAAGAUGACGACGAUGAUCAUACACAUCUGUUGAGUGUUUCUCAAAAAGUCCACAAGUUCAUUGAAACUGCUGAAGAGUUGAAAAAACCGAAAACUUCAGCGCCUUUUAAGAGUGAUGAUGUGAAGCUUGAAGAUGUUUCAGAACCUGAAGAUGAUUCUAGAUUGACUGUUAAUCGUAAAGUGACAAAAUUCUCUACAACAAACGAUGAACUUUCAAGUAAAGAAUUAUUAAAAUCAAGAAAAACAAUUCGCGAAACUGUAACAACGUCAUAUGAUGAAGUUGAUGAAAAUUUGAGAGAUGAUGAAUGCUUGUUGAGUGUAACUGACAAAGUCAACAAGUUUAUAACAUCCGCUGAGAAGUUGGUAUCAUCUUCGCCUCAAAAGUCGCCUGAACUUGUCAAGAAUAUUAUGAAAACUUCAACAAAGUCUUCAAGAUCAAAUGACGAAGAUAUUAAUGAAUCGUUUUUAACACGUGAGAAAGUUUCAACACUUUCACGAGGUGAUCGAAGCGACAGCAAAUCAACUGUUAAGAGUGAGAAUUCUGAUAUCACUUUGAAGAGUACAGAAGCGAUUAAAAGAGCUCGAGCAGUUUUUGAGACCAACACAGCAUCGCGUGAUGUGAAACGACAUGAUGACAUCAUGUCUCGGCCAUCAGUGUUUGAUGCAAAACGAACUCCAACAUCUGAUCGAAAAUCUUAUACAGAAACUGCCACGACUCGUUCGACAACAUCUCGUGAAAAAUCUCCAUCAAGAGAACGUCACUCGCCUUACAAAGAUUAUGAUUCAAAGUCUCCAUCUCCAUCUUCACCACGUCGUGGAUCAUCGGAAAGAACGCCAGCAUACAUGCGUGAUCAAGUGUCGACGAAGAAAGAACUUUUCGAGAAGCGAAUUUCGUCAUCACGCUUGGAGAACGACAUGUCGCAUCAGAAGUCAAUUUCGCCACAACACUCUGUUAAUGAGAGAAGUUAUCGUUCAGAAUCUGAAGAACGUCAUCAGAGAACAAGAAAAGUUUCAUCUGAUAAGCAUUACAUGAGUCACACCGUUGCAUCACUUGAACAUGUCAACACUGAGCGAAGAGAUUCAGAACUGGAGAGAACUUCACGUCAUGAAUCAAAUAGCGGCAGUCGAAGAGAUUCUGUAACGAGGACACCAACAAAGUUUCACAGAAAUAUUUCCGAAUCAACAAACGAUUCAGCUGCAAUGGAAUCACCAAGAACACCCACAAAGUUCGGUGUUGAAUUGAAGCGAACUGAUUCCGGAAAACAUGUUCAAACACGUAAAGUGAGCGCAGGUGGUGAAACAAUAAACGUUGAAGAAAUCUUUGACUUGGAUGAAUUGGAACGAUUGUUAGAAAUUGUCGUUGGUUACGAGCAAAGAAGAAGAAUUCGAGCACAGAUUCGUUUAGUCAGAAAAAUAAUAAGCGAAAGAGAAAUGAACAAUGAAAUUAAAACUUCAACAAAGACAACUAGAGCAAGGAAUGCAUCUCCAUCCCGGAAAGAAACGACAACAAAAGUCUCACAAAGAUUCGUUGAAAGUCCCGAGAAAAUUCCCCGUGAACGUAUUGAGAAAAUUGUCACAACAACAACGACAACAAGAAUUUCCGGAAGUGACAAACCUCGUGACGUUGUAACAACAAAAUCAACAAAAGUCUUCGACAAAGGAUCAGCGCCACGUUCCGUUAUUGAAAGCUUGAAUAAGACAGGCAAAGUCAAGUCAGAAAAUGUGGUGAAAACGACGAGAAAAACUUCUGCAACCAGCAGCGCAUUGAAAACGAAUACAACUCGUGAGUCACGUGUUGAUGGCGUUGAUUCUGUGACUUCAUCUUAUGGUGUCGGCCCAACAGAUUCAAACGGACUUCCCUUGUUCGGAUUGAAAGCUUUGAAGAAGAAAACUCCAACAACAACAAAAGAAAGUAAAACAACUGGAUCCACCUACACUGAAGUUUCAUAUUCAGAAAAUGGACGACCAGCAACUGUCGAACGAAAAACUACUCGCUAUUCAACAGAUCCGUCAGAUUUUGAUAAUAAACUUGAUUCGGAUUACAAGAAAGGUGAACGAAAAGGUUCACGUGGUGGAAUGUAUAGCGUUACGAAAACUGAAAAAUUUGUUGAUGAUGGAACGACACCAUCAUCAAAAGUUAUUCGACGUGGGUCAGUAAAAGAAUUAAAGGAGAAAUUUGUGAGAAAAGAUUCAUCAUCGAAAGUCACUGAAAGUUCAUCUUCGAAAAAGGAAACGAAACGAUCUUCAGUCGACCAUCGUGAUUCUGAAAGUGAGAAUGAAACUUACAGAAUCUCGAGACAAUACAGAUCGUCAUCAAGAGACAGCAAAACAUUUUUAAACAGCGAGAAGAAAGCAUCAAAUGUGCAAGAAGUGAUGAGUUAUAUGAAGAAUGCUGAUCGUGUUCGUGUUGAUGGCGACACAAAAGAAGAUGCAGAAUCUCGAGCACUUUUGAAUAAAUUCCUUGGUGCAUCUGCCCUUAUGACAAGCAUUGAAAACAAUUCGGGAUUGUCAAAAGAAUUUUUGUCAACUGGAGGAAAGACGGCGAAGAAUCAACGCACACCUUCUGGAUCAAAAGUAACGAAGACAGUCACAUCGUAUUCAACUGCUAAAUCUUACGAUAUCAACGACAUUUGGGACGCUGAUUUAUUGAGGAAACUUUUGGAAGCCACAACAAACUACGAAGAUCGUCGCAAAAUCCGCGCCCGUUUACGUCAAGUCAUGGCCGAUAAAGAAGUUUGCGCUGAAGUUGUCAACCAAUUGACGACUGAAUUGGAAGGAGAAAGCAUCGCUGUUGAAAGCAGUGAAGAAAAGAAAGAAGAGGGUGAGUCUCUACUACUUCCGCUUAUCCAAGGCAUCCUUCAAAAUCCAAAAUAUCAAAACCUAUCGGCGCGUCAAUUAUUAAGCUUAAAUUUAAGUAAAACAAUCGCCCAAAAAUCGGGUUUGUUGCCUUCUUGCUCUAAAAUGAAUAGUGAACAUAAUCAAUUUAAUGACGGUCAUCGUUUAGGAAAUGAUUAUUUACCAAUAGAAGACUCAGGUACUGAAAGCGGUGAAGAUUUGCGUUUAUUAGCUGCUGGACUGCAAUCAAGCUUCUCUAACAUGGAAGCAGCAGCUGAACUUUCGAAGGAUUCUCUGGAACAAGAACAAGUUGAAGGUGGAAGUUGUAAAGCUAAAAACGAUUCAUUAGCUGCUGGGUUGUUAAUGGAAGUGACAACAGCAUUGGCACGACUUCAAAUUUCAAUUAAUAAAGGAGAAAUAGAAUUGGAAGAGUCGAAGAAAACUUCACUUUUGUCACUUGUCGAUCGUUUGCAACGUGGUUUGAUUUCACCUGAGAAGAUCGUUGAUUCAAAUACCGAAACCGGCACUUCGGGUGGUUUGCUUGGACAAUCUUCUUUAGAAGGUGUGCAGGAUGUUGGAAGUGAUAGACGAUCAUCAUGUGGUGGUGUUAAUAGAUUUGCUAAACGCAGAAAUCGCGUCAAUCGACACACUGUUGGUGUAACAAGAGAAGAAUUAGCUGAUGCUAGAAGAAUUAUUGAAGAACUUGAACUUAUUGGCAUUCAUAAUGCAGCGACCACGAAUCAAAAUUUAAUUAACAAUAAACCAAAGAUUACAGCGACAGUCGUCAAUUCAAAGCCUGGCGUUUAUAACGCAAUUUUGACGAGACAAAUCUCUGAGCCAAUAACACUUUUACGUCCAAGUCAUUUUGUUCCUAAAGAAACGUCAAAAGUCGGCGAUGUUCUUAAUAAACCGAAAUAUAAAUUAUUUAAGCAAUCAAUAAGUCUGGAUCAACCAACAUCAAUCUUGAAGAAUUCUGCAAAUACUGAAACGACAUCAAAAAUUGAAGAUCAACAGCCAAUGCCCCUUUUUAAGAAAUUUUCACUUCAACGCAAUUUGAGCGGAUCGAACAAUAAAUUUGCAAUCAACAAUCACAAAGACGAAGAUGAUGAACCGACUGAUGAGUCAUCGUCAAGUGAUGAUGAAGACGAAGUGAUAAACACGAAAUUUUACAAUCACAAUGCAGCUGGUGCGAAGUUCAAGGCGAAGGAAAAUUACUUGAAGAAUCAACAAACGGAAGAACGAUCAUUUAAUUACAGUUCGGGUGAUGAGACGAGCGCACCAGGUCCUCGUGUUUCGAAAUAUACAAGUAAGAAGAUGAAAAUGAAGCGUGCAAACACAAUUGAUCUUCCAAAGUCUUUUAGUUUUGUUAACACAUUUGAUUUGAGUGAUAAAGAAUGUUCCGAUAGUGAAACAACGACAAGAAGUUCUUAUCAUAAUCGUGGCAUGACAAAUGCAGGAUUAAGAACAACAAUCACUGGUGGUGUUGCUGCUAAUAAUCUUCCACCAAAGUUCACACCGAAAACUGAAAAUGAUAAAAAGUUUCUCGCUUUCAUUCAAAAGCAAACGACAGAAAUCACUCCGACUUAUGUCAAUCCAAGUACCACUCGUACCUCUCAAAAAACACCAAAUUGGAGGAACAAGUUUGGUAAUUUGAAGCAUAAAUUUGAACAGGAAGAUCCACAACCAAAGCCAAUCAAAGCACCAGCAGUUAAUGCAGCAGCAAACUUUUGGAAAAAUGUUGAAAAAGAAAAGCCGAGCGCAAAGGUGUCUCCAAUGCCACCAGUCGCACCACAGCCUUUUGUUAAAUCUCUUCCCAUUGUGAGUGAUAAAUUUCCAUGGAAAAACAAUGCAAAUGAAAGAAAAAUUGAUGAAGUGAAACCAACGACAAAGAAAACGCUUGUUGAGAAGUUUUUACCUAAAGAGCAACCGCCAGUGGAAGUUCAUCGGAUUAUUCCCGAGCCAAAGAAACUUCCUGCUUUGAAACCUUCGAACGUCAACAACUUCUCACAUGCUCCAAUGUCAGCAUUUAAACCGCCAAUCUCAAGAAAACUUUCAAACUCUUUCAAACCUAUCAACAUGACUGAAGAUGUUGUUCGAAAUCCUUUGCAACAAUUUUCUAAUGGAAUUGUUAAGCAACUCGCUGAAACGGGUUACAAUGCAAAUGGUAAUCCAGCACCAAUAUCAAGGAAAAUUAUUCUUAGUUCUCCAACACGUUCAAUCGCUGAUCAGUCUUUUGUGAAGGUUACAAAACAACCAGAAAAAGUUGAACAAGCAAAGCCUGUGCCAUGGGCUGGCAACACAAAAUCCGAUCGUGUGUUGAACCUUGCAGCAGCAAAAUUCGAACAAGGAGUUCCAACAGUUCACAUGGGAGCAGUUUUACCAGCAUCUGCACCUGAACCUGUGGUUAAAUAUCGCAAUAAUCCUUUGUAUAGUGGAACACCAGAAAAACGUUCGUCGUUGCCACCAAAUGCUUCUUAUGCAACUUUUGAUGUGACUUUUGAAUCAAAACCAAUUUCAAUGAUCAAUAAAACAGUGAAAGUUGUUCGAAAGGAAGCAACAUUUGUCAUCACUGACUUUACUCAACCAACUUCAGUAUCAACUUAUGCACCAGCAAUAACAGAAAGCAUUACGAGACCAAAGUUUGAUCGACAAGAUUCAUUGACAAAUCCAGCACAAGAACCUCUCGUUUUAACAUGCAAUCGAACUGUUUACAGUCCAAAUGAAAAGCCUAAAAUUAUGGAACUUUACGAGAUUCCAACACCAAAGUCAUCACAACUCUCCAGUGAUGCUUCAAUUGCUUCAAUUUGUGAUGACAUCGAGAAUGAGUUGCAAGGUCUGAGUGACACUGUUGAAUGUAAAGCGGCAGUAACGCGUGUGAUGAAAGGUCCAGUGGCACAAACUGCUUACACACAAAGCUCAGAAUUAACAAGCUUAAGUGAUCAAAACAAAGAGAAUUCGAUGAUGAAAAGUCUUCAUGAUUCACUUAAGAAAUUGUCACAGAAAAGUCCAACACCGGAGAAGCGACAAAUUUUAUCAAAAGAAUCGUCAAGCUCAUCAAUUGAGAGGAAAGUUUCACCAUAUAAAUCACCAACUCACAGCGAAUCUCGAUUGUCACAAGACUCGUCAAAUUCAUCAAUUGAUUUGAAACUUCCACCUAUAAAGAUUCCAAUCCCAGCUGUGCCGGAAACUGCAUACAGCAUCACGUACACGUCUCCACCUAAAAUACAAGUGAAAUCACCAUCAACUGAUCCACCACCACAUGUAAUUUUUAAUAACGUGGCACAAGUUCAACAUACUCAGGGUUUGCAAAAAGCACGUUCGUCACAUAUGUUGGCAAUUCCAAAGCCAACAGAUCCCGCAAUUCCACCUCCAACAAUGUACGGUGCUACACCGAAUCAAGUCAUGGCGAAGCAAACCAAAGUUCAAUCUUAUUUUGGACCUAAAAGAGCAGAAAGUUUAGCUAUUCGAUCAAAAGCACAAGUUACAUCACACGUCAAACCGAUGUCCUUCAAUUCCGGAUCACAAACGUCAACCGUUUCUAGGAAAAUUUCUAUGUUCACUCAACCAGUUUCAAAACCCGUUCAGCCAGCUCUUUUUUCUCUUUCACGAAGCAAAACACUUCCUUCGCUGGCAAAUGUUCAACUCUUAGAUGAGAGCAAUAUCGACGAUGCAUUUGAAGAGCUUCUUAGCUCAACGAACUUAUAAAAAAUUCGAAAAACAUGUGCCAAACUUCGACAGCAUGUUGCGUGUAUAUUUCGGUUAAGCUUUUAUUUGACUUUAUUUGUGCAGAAGCGUUUAACGUUUCUGAGAAAAAAGAUUUUUCCAAGACAAAGGAAAAUCUUCAUUGGAAAAGAACUUUUUUUUUGUGACUGUGACUGAUGCACACACGUGGAUCAGCGUGAUGGAACAAGAUGUUGAAACAUUCCAUGAACUUUUAACUACGAAAGAAAAUUUUUGUGUCUUUUUGUUAUCAGCAAUGAUUGCUGAUUAAAAGCUAUUGAAAGAAGGAAGAAAAAAAAACUUCAAUUAACAAAUAACCAAAACAUAUUAAAGAAGGAAGCAAAGCAUGUUUCUACUAACUGCUGUAAACUUACGACAACAACUUUGAUGAAGUUUUCUGUGAGAGAUGAGAAAACAUAACAUGAGAUUUCAUGUGAAACGUGACAAGGUCGUGAUAGAUUUUGGCUUAAAGUAUUCAAGAAAAUAUUAUGUAACAGAUGAUGAAAUUGGUUUAAUCGAGCAUAAGCUUAGUAACUCAUCCAACUUCUAUUGAUGUGAUGGCAGCUUUCAUUGUAAAUAGAGAAGAAUGGAGAACGAAAACGAGAAAUUCUUUAGAAUAGACGCAGGAAACUAUCAAUAACUUACUUCAAGCCAUUUCACAUGAACUCAGACAAAUGAAAAUUAAACUAUGACAAAGACCAGUUCGGAAGUGCAACAACAAGGAGAUCGAAUCAUUAAAACGACAACCACAGAAGUUAUAACAAAAUCAGCAAUGCAACCACAACAAAAAAUGUCACCCUUUGCAAAAUUCCGUCAACUUGAUCGACAGAACUCAUUGCCAAACCCGAAAACUCCAACAACUCCGACCACACCUGGCGGCUCGAAGGUAGUUGGCCGUCCUUUGUUUGUCUUCACCGAUCCAAACAUGGCCAAUCGGGCUUUAACUGCCAAGGAUUCCUUGCUUUUGUGGUGCCAGACGAAAACCUUUGGAUAUGAGAACGUCAACAUAGAAAAUUUCUCAACUUCUUGGUCAGAUGGAUUAGCCUUCUGCGCACUCAUACAUCACUAUUUACCAGAUGCAUUUGAUUUCAGUAAAUUGACACCAAAAGAUAGACGACAUAAUUUCACAUUAGCAUUCCGUGUUGCCGACGAAAAAGCAGGAAUUGCUCCACUUCUCGACGUUGAUGACAUGGUGAUGUACAAAAAGCCCGACUGGAAGUGCGUCUUUUGUUACGUCCAAUCGAUUUAUCGUCGCUUCAGAAAUGAAGAUUGAGAAGAAACAAAAUCUUGUCUCUUGGAUGUCAUCAAAAAAACAUUUUUUUUUAUUUUCGACAAAACUUUUUAGAUUUUAAAUUUAAAUUUGUAUUUUUAGUCGUCAAGUCAAAGUUUCAUUUGUAAAAAGUCGCAAAUCAACAGUCUCGAUAAUUUAUUUCCUUUUUAUUUUUGUUUAAUAAUGUUUAUUGUGAUGUUUUAAAAGUCUAGAGAUUGUAACAUUGUGAAUUUGAUCCAUCUGACGAAGUUUUCUCGCCAACUUUAAAUGUGGUUGUUGUCAUAAGCCAACGCAACUUUUUUUCAUUCAUUUUUCUCACAUCUCCCAAUAUAUUUUUAAUUAUUAUUAUUGCUAUUAUUAUUAUUAUUUUUAUUCUCAUUGUGAAAAAUCUGAUGAAUAAAUUCAGAUGGUGAAGGAUUUUAAUUCUUUUUAUCUAACAUGAAAUUUUUUUAAAGAAAAUGAACUCUGAUUGCAAUAUGAUAAAGCAAAUCACAGAAAGAAGAUAAAAAUGUGAAAACAAAACUAACCAUAUUAUCUAACGUCUAAAAACAUUAAAAUUUUUAUAACUACCGGACUAAUUGCAAAGCAAAGCAAAGCAUUAAUAUUGUUAUGAUGAUUAUACGAGCAAUAAAAUGUGUAAAAAUAAAAGUUUCUUUAUGAUUAAAAAAAGUGAAA